GUUUUCUAAAUUCACUGCAGCUGCCACACGAGGAGUGACAACUUUGCCAGUUAGGGAGCAAUUACAAGCAUUGGGCCACUACCAUUGUCGGGUCAGCACCUGAUGUCUGGAGCUCAUGCAGAUGCAUUCAAAGCCAAUUUGGCCCAAAGGUGAUAAUUUAAUGAAGCUAGAUCAUCCAAGAGGACUUCAGUGCAAUGAAGAAAGAGGACACACUCUGCAGGAUGGACAAUAUGCAAACCUUUUCCUUUGCUCAUUGCUUGGAUCCUAUUGUGAAGACCAGUAUAGCUUCACCCCUCAGUGAGGAAUUCAGGACACAGCUUGCCCAAUUUGGAUACAGCCCUCCAACAGACUUAGAAAACUUCAAAAGUUCUUUGGAAGGGGGAUCUCGUAAACGUAAAAGUAUGCCCAUGAAAAUGCCUCCUACUCUCCCUCCAGGAGAUCCCACAUCUCCAUUGCACACAUCUGAAGAAAAUGUUGAUGGAGGUUCUCCCAGCGUCCCUUCAAUAUUUCACCAUGAAGCCACACAGUCAAAGUACAGUGCUCACAUGAUCGACCUCUGCAACCUUGGUUAUCAUUUUUACAGGACUCUGGAACACUUUGGGACACAGCCUAUCAAAGAAGAACCAAUAAAACCCAAAGUUCUAUGGCCUGGCCCUACUGCAUUUCUGCAGGCUCCCUAUUCAUACUACCCCAAAGUCCACCCUACUCUAAUGUUCCCUUUUAUGAUCCCCCCAGAUUUUCAUUUUAGAAAUCCUUUCCCAUUGAAAAGGCCUCCAGAACCACCCUUCAAAACGGUUGAGUUAAAUGAGCAAGCUGAAAAGAAGCAAAAGGUAGAAAGAGUGGAUGUUAACAUUCAGAUUGAUGACAGCUAUUACAUUGAUGUAGGAGGGGAGCAGAAACGUUGGCAGUGCCCUAUGUGUGACAAGUCUUACACAUCCAAAUACAACUUGGUCACUCACAUUUUGGGGCAUAGUGGCAUCAAGCCACAUGCUUGCUCCCGGUGUGGCAAGCUUUUCAAGCAGCUGAGUCACCUGCAUACCCAUAUGCUGACUCAUCAAGGCACUCGGCCUCAUAAGUGCCAAGUAUGUCACAAGGCCUUUACCCAAACCAGUCACCUGAAGAGACACAUGAUGCAGCACAGUGACAUUAAACCUUACAGCUGCAGGAUCUGUGGGAGGGGGUUUGCCUAUCCCAGUGAGUUGAAAGCUCAUGAAUCCAAGCAUGAGAAUGGCCGAGAAAAUAUCUGCAUUGAGUGUGGUCUUGACUUCCCAACUUUGGCUCAGCUGAAGAGGCACUUAACCACCCACCGAGGUCCUAUACAAUACACUUGCACCGAGUGUGACAAGACAUUCCAGUACCCAAGCCAGCUGCAGAAUCACAUGAUGAAGCACAAGGAUAUCCGCCCAUAUAUUUGUACUGAGUGUGGCAUGGAAUUUGUGCAGCCUCAUCACCUGAAGCAGCACUCUUUGACUCAUAAGGGUGUGAAAGAGCACAAGUGUGGGAUCUGUGGCCGGGAGUUUACACUACUUGCCAAUAUGAAGAGACAUGUCUUAAUUCACACCAAUAUCAGGGCCUACCAAUGCCACCUCUGCUUUAAAAGCUUUGUGCAAAAACAGACCCUCAAAGCCCACAUGAUUGUCCAUUCAGAUGUCAAACCCUUCAAAUGUAAGCUGUGUGGAAAAGAAUUUAAUCGAAUGCAUAAUUUAAUGGGCCACAUGCACUUGCAUUCCGACAGCAAGCCAUUUAAAUGCCUCUACUGUCCCAGCAAGUUCACCUUGAAGGGGAAUCUCACCAGACACAUGAAAGUCAAACAUGGGGUCAUGGAAAGAGGAUUUCGUUCUCAAGGAUUUGGAAGGGAGCAACUGAGAAUAACACAAACAGAUACCCCAGGAAGCCUAGAACAGGAAGAACCCUUUGACCUUUCCCAAAAAAACCAUGGGCAAGGAUUUUCCUUUCAUUCUGACGGGGAGACUGCCAAACAAAACUCAGCCCAUGAUGAAGAAGAUGACAACUGCCACAGGGCAGAGCAGUAUUCCCCUCGCAUGUACGAGAAAGGCAAGAAACCUAACAGACUGCAGGACCCUCCAGGCCAAUCAGAAUAUGAGGUUAAGGAUUUCAGAGAGUCAUACUGUGAAGGAAAAGAGAAAAAGUUCAACGACACUGUUGAGGACAAACAAGAAAACAAAAGGGAGCAAAGCCGAGGAGAGAGAGACUUUGUGAAUAACAAUGAGGAAUAUCACUUUGAAAGGCUCACUCAGUCUCUAUCUGACUAUUUGUACUUUCAACAUAGGAACAAGAGUUUGAAGGAACUGCUGGAAAGUAAGAUGGAAACGCAAGCUGUUUUUCUGGGGAUCUAAAUGGACAUCACUGAACUUACUUUUGGGAAAAUGAAGUGCUUUCAGAGUUUUUGGCUAACACAAACUGUAAAAUCUACCAAAAUUGGUAAAUGAUAGCAAAAAAUAUAUAAGCAUAAAAAACUAGCAGAAAUAAUUUAAGACAAUGUUCACUUGUCAUUCAAUUGUUCUUUCAGGUUUUCUGUUUUUAUACAGUAAUAUUUUAGAGAUUAAUCUUUCAUUCUCUUCCCAAUACUUUGUCCCAAUAUUUGGACUGGGUCUACAUGUUCAGCAGAACAAAGUGGAAGAGUCCUGGGGUAGUAAGUCAAAUAAAUGGCAUAUGAGAUAGUCUUUUUUUUUAAUGUUUCCCUAUGUGAUAAGUUUUCUCCCAUCACAACUUUGUCCAGGCUGCACAAUACUCAUUUUUGUUUGUUUAUUCAUUUUGCUUGCAGGAAGUUAAGCACAUGUAAAGCAAUCACCUGAAGUGGUGCAGUACUGUCUCUAUCUCAAGAUACCACCACUUGAUUGUGCUGGUUGUGCAGCUCAGUCCAGGCCUCGGUUCCUAACAUUCUGUCCCACUGUGUCAAGACCAAGAACCAGUAACUGGGGCAGAUCUUCCUGAGCAAUAAGAAAUGAGGAAGAAACUCCUUUCUUAUUCCAGACACUGGAAGAGUAGGCUUAGCCUCUUUGUGGUAGUAUCCUUUCAUGUUUCCUGUUUUUAUACAGUGAUAUUAUAGAGGUUAAUCUUUCAUUCUGUUCCAUUACCUUGUCCCAAUCAAUUUCACUGUAGCCUGUAUAAGUUAAUAACCACACCCACUCUACACAUAGCCAAGAGGCCCCUUGAAGGCCUACUUUCCGUACAAAAGCUGUCAGUUAUAAAAUUGGCCUUUUAGUAGAUCAAUGUAGCCUAUCAUGGGAAAAAGAGAAGCUUAUUUCAUUUCCUCUGGACAAUUUUUUUUCUUGAUAAUACUGUAUUACUUGCCUUUUUUUAAUUUUUUGGUGCCUUCAAGUCAGUGUUGACUUCUGGCAACUGCCUGGACAAGUCCCUGCAGUUUUUUUGGCAAGAUUUUUCAGAAUUGGUUUGCCAUUGCCUCCUUCCUAGGGCUGAGAGAGAGUGAUUGGCCCAAAGUCACCCAGCUGGUUUCAUGCCUGUGGGACUAGAACUGACAGUCUCCUGGUUUUCUAGCCUGCCUUAACCACUACACAGUACUAUAGAAUUGGUUAUAUCGGUGCACUAAAUACUUAAAUGGAUUAAGGUGUCAUUCCAUAACCUCAUAGCAUUAUGUAGACAAUAAAAUUGGGUUGGGAUUUAUAGGCAGAGUCAGCUCUAACCAUCUAAACACCUUCUAGAAUGGGCUUUUCCAAUGUUAAUGGCUGUUAAAUUCUAAUCUUGCCUGGCAGCACUGGUUGCAAGCUUCCAGUCUGCAAUGCUUUGUGGUAUCUGAGACACUGGAAGGAAAUAUAGAAAGCAAACAUCAAUAUGGCUGGGCCUUACUAGACUUUGAGAACUUUAGGAAUACCAUGUUUGAACCCAGAUUGGGUUUAGGCUCCUGACCCAGAAUUACCACCAUUAGAAUUCUUCAGCAUAACUAUGACAGGAAACUGGUAGAGAAUCAGUAUCUUCCUGCAGCAUAGACAUAGCCAUUGUUAUUAACAAAGUCAAGUCCAUUCAGUGACAUGCAUAUCUAGAAAACAGCCAAGCAUGCAAGAAUGCUGCAUCACCACAUCAAACAGUUAUGAUAUUGCAGUAAUGGUUUUGAUAAUUUUGUCCAUACUGAAAGGUGCAUCUCAAAAGAUGGUUCCAACAGAUUAACAAAAAUAAGCAUAUGUUACAUAAUCUUGUGGCACAGAGGUGAUCUUUAUGUUUCCAUAGAUACUUUUAUGUGGAGAUCAUUGCAUUGUUCUUCAUGUGGAAUAACGUGGAAAAGUAUCUAAGGCACCUUCUGGGUUGAGUUAACCUUUUAGCUUGAUCAGGCUAAUGAUUUCCAUAGGCUGUUUGCUUUACUUGCUGACUAUGCCAUAUUUGUGCUAUAAGAUAAUUAAGAACAAUACAAUCUCAGUCUGAGCCUGUUAA